AUGGGGACGCUGCGGGAUUUACAAUAUGCCUUGCAAGAGAAGAUCGAGGAGCUGAGGCAACGGGAUGCGCUCAUCGACGAGCUGGAGCUGGAGCUGGACCAGAAGGACGAACUGAUCCAGAAGCUGCAGAACGAACUGGACAAGUACCGCUCGGUGAUCCGACCCGCCACCCAGCAGGCGCAGCAGCAGGGCUCCGGCACUUUGCAAGGGGAGCAGAGGACCAAGCGGCAGGCCAUUUCAGCCGAGCCCACCGCUUUUGACAUCCAGGACCUCAGCCAUGUCACCCUGCCUUUCUACCCCAAGAGCCCACAGUCAAAGGAUCUAAUAAAGGAAGCUAUUCUUGACAAUGACUUCAUGAAGAAUCUGGAGCUGUCUCAGAUACAAGAAAUUGUGGAUUGUAUGUAUCCAGUGGAAUAUGGCAAAGACAGUUGCAUCAUCAAAGAAGGAGAUGUGGGUUCACUGGUGUAUGUCAUGGAAGAUGGAAAGGUUGAGGUGACCAAGGAAGGUGUAAAGCUGUGUACCAUGGGGCCUGGAAAAGUAUUUGGGGAACUGGCCAUCCUUUACAACUGCACCCGGACAGCCACCGUCAAAACUCUCGUAAAUGUGAAACUUUGGGCUAUUGAUCGGCAAUGUUUUCAAACAAUAAUGAUGAGGACUGGCCUCAUCAAGCAUACAGAGUAUAUGGAAUUUUUGAAAAGUGUACCGACAUUCCAGAGCCUCCCUGAAGAGAUACUCAGUAAACUUGCUGAUGUCCUUGAAGAGACACACUAUGAAAAUGGAGAGUACAUUAUCAGGCAAGGUGCUCGAGGGGACACUUUCUUCAUAAUCAGCAAAGGCAAGGUAAAUGUUACUCGUGAAGAUUCUCCAGGGGAAGAUCCAAUCUUUCUCCGUACAUUAGGAAAAGGAGAUUGGUUUGGAGAAAAAGCCCUCCAGGGGUAA